GGUGUUAGGGUUCUGACUGCUUUCAUUAUGGAUGUGGGUAGAUUAUUUUUCGUUUCGCUUACUUCGUAUUUAACCUGUUUUUAAACUAUCGUGCCUCCUUGUUGGAGCAAUUCACUUUGUUAGUAUGAAUAAACCCGAUUGUAUUUUGAAUUGUGUGUAGGCCUAAGGUGUUCAAGUUAUGCAUCUCAAAAUUACUUAAAUAUUCUCUUCAUCUCCUUAUUUCCAACGAAUGCCAGAUUUUAUUGGCUUUUCCAUGGAAUCUAUGCAUUCUCAUGUUGUAGAGAAUCAUGGAAUUGGUGAUAAAGCUAGACUUUGGACGGCAAUUUAUGAUUAUGAAGCAUCGGGAGAAGACGAAUUGUCGCUUCAUCGCGGCGAACAAGUCGAAGUGCUUUCCAAAGAUUCCAAAAUAUCCGGAGAUGAGGGUUGGUGGACGGGAAAAAUAUGUGAUAAAGUGGGGAUAUUUCCCAGCAACUUCGUUACCCAGCUCAAGAAUGUUCGUCCGAUGGGUAACGAUGGAAUUCCUUUCACCAUCAAAUUUUCAGAGCUCGAGCUGGAAGAGGUAAUCGGCGUCGGAGGAUUCGGAAAAGUGUACAGGGGGUAUUGGCGACGCCAAGAGGUAGCUGUCAAAGCGGCCAAACAAGAUCCCGACGAAGACAUAAGUGUAACGAUCGAAAAUGUUCGUCAGGAGGCCAAGUUAUUUUGGCUUCUCAAGCAUCCAAACAUCGUCACGUUGAAAGGAGUGUGUUUAGAAGAGCCAAAUUUAUGUCUGGUGAUGGAAUAUGCGAAAGGAGGGUCCCUCAACAGAGUUCUUAAUGGUAGAAAAAUUCCACCGAACGUUCUGGUCAGUUGGGCUAUACAGAUUGCAAGAGGCAUGCAUUAUCUGCAUUCAGAAGCACCAAUAUCUCUUAUACAUAGAGAUCUCAAAUCUAGCAAUGUACUUUUGAGUGAACCUGUUGGUGUGAAUGAUCUGCAGAAUAAAACCUUAAAGAUAACAGAUUUUGGCCUUGCAAGAGAGGUGUACAAGACUACCAGAAUGUCUGCUGCUGGGACCUAUGCCUGGAUGGCUCCUGAAGUUAUUAAAUCUUCCACAUUUUCUAAAGCAAGUGAUGUCUGGAGUUAUGGUGUGCUGUUGUGGGAGCUCCUAACUGGGGAGACACCCUACAAAGGCAUUGAUGCAUUGGCUGUUGCAUAUGGAGUUGCUGUGAAUAAACUUACUCUGCCCAUUCCAUCCACCUGUCCUACGCCAUUUUCAUGUCUUAUGAAAGGCUGUUGGAACCCUGACCCUCAUGCUCGACCCACCUUUGUGAACAUCUUGAAGGCCCUUGAGGCCAUAUCUCGAUCUUCCUUUAUGAACACACCCCAAGAAUCUUUUCAUUCCGAGCAAGAGAAAUGGAAAUGUGAGAUAGAGGAAAUGUUUCAUGAGCUACGCUGCAAAGAGAAGGAGCUUCGUUGUCGAGAGGAGGAGUUGACUAAAGCCUUGCUACAGCAGAAGGUCCAUGAGGAGCUACUGAAAAAGCGAGAGUUGGAACUGAAGGAAAGGGAGAUUGAUCUGCUGGAGCGAGAGUUAAACAUUAUGAUUCUCCAACAGCAACAAGACCGUCCCACGCCAAAGAAGCGGAAAGGUAAAUUCAAGAAGAGCAGACUCAAGCUGCUCAAAUAUGGAGGUCAACAAAUCAGUAUGCCCUCAGAUUUUCGGCACAACAUCACAGUUCAGCAAAGUCCAACUGUGAGGGGAAACCUAAAGAGUUUACACAAUCCAUCUAGUCCUGACAGCCCACCCUCCUCUCCUAAUCUACCUCGUCUUAGAGCUUAUGCCUUGCAAACUGAUGGUUUAAAAGGCAAAACCUGGGGACCUAGUACUGUGCACCAGAAAGAGCGAUGCCAUUCUCGGCAGAUGCUGCUGAUUGAUGGCAACAAGCGCUGGUCAAAAAGCGCACCCAAUCUGGAGAAGUCUCAGAUCCCAUUAUCCAUAGGCGGAGUAUUCAAUGCUGCAGCUUUGACUGACAAUGGUUUAGAUGAUGACUUCACAUCGAUGUCGAAAUCAUACGGUCAUCAUAAUGGUAAUGGAGAGAUAUCCACCAACAGCAAGCGAUCUUCUCUUCCACGCAGGUUUGUAGGGUCCUUCUUAGGGAAUAUGAGUGCCAUUCUUGCCUCAGUGGCUGCAGGAUUUGACAUCAGGAGUGCAAAAUACUCCUCCCUGCGGCACAGGCCGCCAACUGGAAAUCCAAAUGAUGCCGAAGACGAAGAAAUGUGGUGGCCAAAAGACAUGGGGCCACCAAUUCUCGGUUCGGAUUAUGAAUUCUCAUCUACUUCCGGUUAUCCUCAUAAUACAUACCACGGCCAAACGCGUCAUUAUCGCCCUAGUCUCAUCUUAGAUGGUGCUCAUCAAAGUAAACACUUCGAUUCCCUGUGGAACAGUGGCUCUUCCCAGUUGCCUUUAUCGCCUAGGAAACUGUCUUCUGCCAGUUGUGAAAGUGAUAAUUUCAGCUCAAACACAGACUUCUAUUCAACAGAUUGUUACAUUACUGAAAAAUAUUACCCAGACUCUAAGCCUUCAGAAGAAAAAACCUACCCCGAGUGGUCAAAUCUAGAAGGAACUUAUGCUUAUGAUAAUCCCGGUUCUCAAAUUUCAUCCACUAAUGACUUGUCAAACAUUCAAGCAUUCCUGCCACAAAGGUCCAAAUAUAGUCAUCGACGUACACCAUCCAAUGUGUCAAAUGCAUCCAAUUCUUCCUCAAAUAUAAACCCAUCUUUUCACAGCGACGAGGCAGAUUCUGAGGCAAAUGCCAUCCCUCAAUUACUUAAUUAUUCCAACAAUGUCCCCGCAUUCCAGCGUAGGAAAAGUCAGGAGAAGGGGCCAGACCGACCUUCGACCUUGGAUCUGGGAAGGUUGCCACCCCUGCCGAAAAAAAGUGCCCUGGGUCGCACUUCUCCGAAGCAAUGGACGGCUUUCUCAAAUUCCACCUCCCCUUCCAGGACAACUCCAACUGAUGGUCUGGGCACCCCCAGUGACGAGAGUUCUGGUAGCACAAGUGGAUCCAGGGUUCGUUUCUCCAUUGAUGAGACAGGAGGGCAUGUCAACAGGGUUGAGACAGGGGGGUAUGCCAACAGGCUUGAGACGAGAGGGUAUGUCAACAGGGUUGCCAAGGAGGAGGAGGAGAAGACGCUGCUCGAUUUGCCAGUAGAAGGGCAGUCACAGGAUGGCACCAUUCCGUUGUCCGUAACUCUCCUUCGGAGCUCUAAGCAGCGGCAGUUUUCGACCCGCACAUGGGAGCAGCGAUAUCUGACUUAAAUAGAUGUCUUGUGAGUGUCUAUUUGUUUAUGCCAAAAUAUGCUCAUAAACAUUACAUUCCUAUUGAUGAUUGUGUAACAGUUUUAAAAUGUGGUUUUGUAGUAAAAUGCUUUACAUGAGAUACUUAAGUGUGGCCCAUAUUUUUUUUUACUUUCUAUUUUAAGUUUUUAUAGAAUCAUACAUUUAACAUUCCUUUUCAACAUUAAUUUUAUUAGAUGGAACCAAAUAUGUGUAAAGCUUUAUUAGUUUUUCAUUUUCUUAUUCCGAUAUAAUUGAAUAUGAAUAGAUCUGAAUAUUAAAAAAAAAUUUUAAUGCAGAUUGGCCAUCCUUUUGUAGCUUUUUAAAAAAUAAACUUUUACAGAUCUGAUAUUUUUUUAUUCUGUGUACCCCUGAAUGCGCUCCAGUUGUUUUAUUAAAUUUAUGUAGAAAAUAUAAAAACUAAUGUGUUAGAUGAGAGUUAUUGUUGUGAUAAUUGAUUUUAGUUUAUUAUAGAACUGUUUAUUUUUGUGAUAAAAUUUUAUUUUCUGACUUAUUAUAAGCAAUCAAACUUUUAUAUAGAAAAAAGUUAGUCAAUCAAAUCUUUAUGGAAGUUAAUCAAAAUAAUUUUGAUGAAGUUAACAUUUUGUUAAAUUACAAUAGAUACCUCAGUGAUGAGUUUGUAUUACCUUUGUUUUUUCUUUCGCAUAAGAAUUGUUUGAAGACUUUGUUGCUACUUCAUAUUUGUACAGUUUUAGUUAUAGCUUAAAAUUCUAAUCUCAUAAAAUUUAUUAAUAUAUUUAUUGUAUGUUAUUUAUGGACUUUCAGAAACUGUUAUAUCUUUUGUUCAAAUAUUCACACAUCCAUUUAAGUGUUUUGAUUGUAUAUUUGAAAUGCUAUUUAAAUAACUUCAAAUUCUGAAACUAGUGUUAAAAUUCAAUGCUCAAUUUUGUUAAGUGUUUAAAAAUGAGCAAAAAAUUGUACGCGUAUGUAGCUUGUAUUAAAAUUCGCAUCACAAGUCCGGGUUUUGUUUAGCAAUAGAAAAAUAUGAGUUCAAAUGUUACCGUAUACUAUUACUAGUUCCAUCAACUUCUUUUUUAAAAGAUAUGUGUUAAAACAAGUUGCUGAUAUAGUAUAUUAUAUCAAGGGUUGGAUUUCCUUUAAGUCUUAAAUACAAUGAUUUCUUGUAUAUAAGUUUUGAUACUGAUAACUAAGCAGAGUGAGAGGAACUAACACAGAUUGAGAUUCAUUAACACGGAAGAGGCAAUGUCGCAUUGAUGAUGUAGUUGCCCACUGUAUUUCUCAAAAGCACCAUAGAAUUAAUGUAUCAUUCUUCAAAGCAUUCAUUCUUUGAAGUCCUAAACUUUUUUUUGGUUAAUUUUUUCUUUAAAAUUUCAGUCCAGAUUUUCCCUGCCACCUCUUUUAUCCAUUUGCAUUUUUAUGUAAAAAAAUAACGUUUUUUUUUUUUUACACCCCUACGACAAUAUUUGUGAAUCAAGCGGGAGCGGCACUACAGCUAGAGUGAAACUAUUCUAUUGGUAAAUGUAAUAAAUUCUUUCAGCAUAGUUUCUUGUUCUAGGCAAAAGUAAUUUUAAUUUAAAAAAUAAUUGAGCAAUUAUAAAUUAUCAUCAAAGUGGUUGAUUGAUCACUGCAUAUCCAAUUUUUUAAUAUAAUUGUUCAUUUUUGAUUUUAUUUUAUUUAAUUUUUUUUAAUAAUCAAAGUUCUUUUUAUCCCCAAGGGUAAACUUAAAAUCUGUUGUGAGCCCUGAUUUUUUUAAUGUUAAUUUUAAAGUUGAUUGCCAAAAAUAAAUUAUUUUUAAUCUAGGGAGUUUUUUUGGACUUGUUUGUAUUGUUGUGUUGCAAUUUUUUCCUCUGAGAACUUGUUUAGCAGGGGUUUUUUUUUGGGGGGGGGGCAGAUGGACAGGUGUUUUAAUUUUUAUCCUUCCAUCCUUGAGAUCACCCAUGGUUGAAGAUUACCUGGGAAGCUUCUAUCCACUUCUCUGUUUAGAGCUCUCAAAAUGUUUCAUAUGAGCUUAUUAACAAAGGAUUUUUCUGAAAUUUUGUUUUUUUUUGGGGGGGGGGAGGGGGGUUAGGCUUAUCUUCCCCUCUUAGACAAAAUCUUAGCUCAUGGGGUGAAUUAGGUGCAAUAUGCAUAUUUGAGACAAUUUUAUUCAAUGUUUUUUAUAUUUUCAAAAUCUGUUGAUUUUUGGUUAUACUCGUAUUUUAUCCUGAAUUUACAAGGUACUUCUAACAUGCAUUUUAGUUCAGAUGAGUAAUUAUUAUAUUAUGCAUGAGGGUUGAGUUUUGAGUAAAAUUUAAUAAUUAAUGGACAAAACAUGUAAAUCAUUAUAACUAAUUUCCAUUUUACUUCAAGGAUUUAUAAAAGCAAAACCAGCUCAAAAAAAAAAAAAAAAACUUUACAACAGCUUAAGAAUGUAGUUUGUGUCUCUGUAUAGAGAAAAUUUGAUCCUCUUCUUUCCAAAAUCAAUGUUUGUUGAAUCAAACUAAAAAAAAAAAAAACCCACAAAACUAUACCAAGUUAUCAUAUUAGAGAAUUGAAGUUUUUAAAUGUCUUUUUUUAUCAGCAUAAUUUAUUUUGAGGUGAAUAAAUUCCCCACAUAUAUCACUAUAUGCCAUACAUUGUUUUUUUUUUCUUUCUUUUAAAGCCCCAUAUGGUUAGAACUUACAUGCAUUGCAAAAUGAGAGUUAUUAGUUAAUUUAUUAUAUUGUUCAUUGUUAACAGCGAAUGAAAGACAUAUGAUUCCAGAAUGUCUUGGAAUUUUUAAAGAGUACUUAUAUUUUUAUAAAGGGUUGUAUAUUAGAUGUAAUAGUAUGUUAGAAAAAGAUCCAUACUAUUUAUUGUAGAUGUUUAUGUAAUUUAUGAGCUUUGAUAUUUUAGAAUUCAUCAUACAGUUAAAUUAUAAAAUAUAUACUGAAAUAAAUCAUUAUUUUGCAAUAAAAUUAAAUACAGAAUAAAUUUUGAAGUGUAUUUUGAUAUCUACUUCGUAGUAAGACUUUUUUAAAUGUUUUUCUUUUAUAUAAAAAGCUAAGUGCCUGAAAUUGAAGAGUUAUGUAAAAAUAUUAUUUUUGUAUAUAUCUAACUAUACACAUAUAACAAG